GCGCUGUAAAACUCCGGGAUAGUUUUCUGUAUAUUGUCGGCCAACUGAGAGGGAACUAUCGCAGCGUGACGUCACAUCAGCCUCCUCCUUGAAUCUCCAAGAGUCCCCAUGGAUGACCUGACCCAAGCCCUCUCGGCCAGCUUUGCUGUGUCCAAGGAGCCCAACAGCACCGCCGCCGCCCACCCUCGGCUGGCCCAGUACAAGAGCAAGUACAGCGUGCUGGAGCAGGGCGAGAGACGGCGGCGCUUCCUUGAGCUGCAGAAAAGUAAAAGGUUAAACUACGUCAACCAUGCACGGCGGUUGGCUGAUGGGGACUGGACCGGGGCAGACAGCGAUGAAGGGGAGGACAUGGAGAAGAAAGAGGAGGGGGAACGGGAGCAGGAGGAAGAGGAGGAGGGGAUGGAAAUUGAGAAGAGGAAACUGCCAAAGCAUUAUGCAAAUCAGAUCAUGCUGUCAGAGUGGCUGGUGGAUGUUCCAUCAGAGCUGGACACUGAUUGGCUGAUGGUGGUCUGUCCUGUGGGGAAAAGAUCCCUCAUUGUUGCCUCCAAGGGCUCCACUGCAGCGUACACUAAAAGUGGAUACUGUGUGAACCGCUUCCCCUCCCUGCUGCCCGGUGGGAACCGCCAUAACUCAGCCAUGGGAAAAGACUACACGAUCCUGGACUGCAUCUACAGCGAGGUGGACAGAACGUUUUACAUCCUGGACAUCAUGUGCUGGAGAGGCCACCCGGUCUACGACUGCCCGACCGAGUUCCGUUUCUACUGGCUCCAGUCCAAAGUGGAGGAGACGGACGGCCUAUCAGAAAUUGCCAAACGCAACCCUUUCCGGUUUGUGAGCCUUCAAAGCGCAGCCUGCACUGCAGAGCUGAUUCAGAAAGCCCUAGCUGCUGAGUACAGCUUCAGCGUGGAUGGUCUUCUCUUCUACCACCGGCAGACCCACUACACCCCCGGCAGCACCCCUCUGGUGGGCUGGCUCCGCCCCUACAUGGUCACCGACAUCCUGGGCAUCGAGGUGCCCGAAGGCCCCCUCACCACUAAGCCAGAGUACGCCGGCCAGCAGCUGCAGCAGAUCCUGGAGCACAAAAAACCAUCAAGUGAAGUCCGCCCCGCCAACAGAAGUGGAGGCUACGAGUUAGAGUACCUGUCCACCCCAAUCCAGGACAGCGAGGACCCUCUGAACUUUUUAAAUCAAAAGCCAAUAAAGGAAGCACACAUGGAGGUCUGAGAGGGGGGCUAAACAAUUGUUAACUCAGUGUUUCUGAGCGGCCUGCAUGCGGCCCUUUUUAGAAGGUCUGCUGAAUGCUUUUGCAGAUCUGACCAAUUGCAGUGCAUGGCUAAUGUUCAUCGAGCAGGACGCCCUCAGAUUGCAGAUCCGUUGAGCUAUGUUAUAUAUGUGUUUUCAAAUGACUAAACCUCUGACAUUUACAUCUUGUACCUGCUGCAGAACUUUGCAGUGUUUCUUUCAGAGUAAUUGCACAGUAUUUAGCUGCUAUAACUACUUUGAGAGGGUUUGAUAUGCGAGUCCCCUUCAUAACACCAUGCUGCAUGUGAUCAAAAAAUAAGAGUGCUAGAUAUUCUGCUAUAGUUAUAUAUUUGAUUGCAAUGGAUCUCACAUUAUAGUCUUCUCUACUGCUGUAAGUUUGCACACUUUCUAAAGCUACCAGCGACCAAACAAUACAGAACUCUUGAGCAGAUCUUUAGUCUGUGCAACAGAAGUGGAGAUUUGAACUCAAGAGUUUUGUAAGGUGAGGUUUCGCUGACAGUCAGACACAGUGCAUUGAUGUGUUUUUACAAUUCAAUUUUAAAUUUCAAGUUGCUUAAAAGAUGUUUUAAAGUGUAUGUUUCUUAAUAAAUGAUUUUUUAUCGGC